AAGGCUUGGGCGUAUGGACUAUACAUAAGAUAGUCGAGAAUUCCAGUUCGAUUGCAAAAUGUCAAAGGCAACAACAAUUAAGGAAGCGCUGAAACGUUGGGAAGAUCGAGAGCAACAAAAUUCGCUGACUGCCAAACAAAUAGAUUUGCAAUUUCAAUGGCCACCGAUUGAGAAAAUGGAUAAUACAUUAGGAACGCUAGUGUGCUGCGAAAGAAUCAGCUUGUCAACAAAUAUGAUUGAGAAAAUUUUUGGUCUGUCUGGCAUGAAAUGUUUGAAGGUUUUAUCCUUAUCGCGGAAUUAUAUUAAGCAAAUAUCAGGAUUGGAAGCUGUUGCGGAAACAUUGGAAGAACUCUGGCUUAGCUACAAUCUUAUUGAAAAACUAAAAGGUUUGAGUGCUCUGAAGUGUCUGAAGGUGCUUUACAUCAGUAAUAACUUAAUCAAGGAUUGGUCGGAGUUUAAUCGCUUAGCCGAAAUAGAAACUCUUGAGGAUUUAGUGGUUGUGGGCAAUCCCUUAUCGGAGGGCCUAGAUGAGCCCACUUGGAGAGCUGAGUGUAUCAAGCGCCUGCCAACUAUACGAAAACUAGAUGGCGAACCAGUUGUUCUUAAGGAAGAACCAAUACUUUAAAAAGGCU